AUGGGGUUUUUAAGGUUUAUGAGAAGGUAUAAUUACUCCUUCAAAGAUAAAGCUCGAAAUAAAGCAUGCUUAGUUCAGCAUAAACAAAGGAGAGGUUUCUCAAAGGCGGGAGUUUUCAAUGACAAUGAUGCAGUGCUUCCGGUUCUGAUUGUUGGUGCAGGGCCUGUGGGUCUUGUUCUUUCGAUUCUGCUCACGAAGUUAGGUAUUAAUUGCACAGUUUUGGAGAGAAACAAGGCAUUUUCUAAACAUCCACAAGCACAUUUCAUCAACAAUCGAUCCAUGGAGAUAUUCCGCAAGAUUGAAGGCCUUGUUGAAGAAAUCCAAAGGUCUCAACCACCAGUAGACUUAUGGAGGAAGUUCGUAUAUUGCACUUCCCUUACGGGUUCAGUUCUUGGAUCUGUAGACCACAUACAACCACAAGAUCUUGCGCAUGUUGUCAGCCCAGUCUCUGUUGCACACUUCUCACAGUACAAGUUAACCAUGUUACUUCUCAAGCAACUUGAAAAUCUAGGCUUCCAAACAUGUGCAUCUGAAAGCUCAGAAGGAAAUAAGCAGUCAUGUGAAAAGAAAAUAUUGAUGGGUCAUGAGUGUGUAUCCAUUGACACCAGCAAUGACUUCGUAACUGUAACUGCAUCUUCUGUCAAUAAUGGGAAGCGUGUAGAAAAGAAUAUCCACUGUAACCUCCUUAUUGGUACAGAUGGAGCAGGAAGUACUGUGAGAAAGCUUGUGGGAAUAGAUAUGAGAGGUGAGAAAGACUUGCAAAAACUUGUCAGUGUCCAUUUUCUGAGCAAACGGCUUGGGAAAUUUUUGCUUAAGGAGAAUCCGGGUAUGCUUUUCUUUAUCUUUAAUACUGAAGCAAUUGGGGUCCUUGUUGCUCAUGAUCUCAGGGAAGGAGAAUUUGUUUUGCAGAUACCGUUUUAUCCACCUCAGCAAACAAUUGAAGAUUUCAAUCCAAAGGCAUGUGAGAAGUUAAUCAGCAAACUUGUUGGUCAAGAGUUUGGAGAUGUGAAUGUAAUUGAUAUAAAGCCAUGGAUUAUGCAUGCCGAAGUUGCUGAGAGCUUUACAUGUUUUGGCAACCGAAUAUUACUUGCCGGAGAUGCUGCUCAUCGAUUUCCUCCUGCUGGUGGAUUUGGAAUGAAUACUGGCAUUCAGGAUGCCCAUAAUCUUGCAUGGAAAAUAGCUUCUGUGAUCAAGGGUAUUGCCCCAACUUCAAUGCUUAAUACCUACGACAUGGAACGUAGACCAAUAUCUGUAUUCAAUACAAGGUUAAGUCUCGAAAACUAUAGAGCUGCCAUGUCUGUUCCUGCUACACUUGGUCUCAAUCCAACUGUUGCAAACACAGUACAUAAAGUUAUUAUUAAUGGGGUUGGUUCCAUCUUACCUUCCGGAUUGCAGAGGCUAGCUUUGGAUGGAAUUUUUGCUAUAGGUCGUGCACAGCUCUCUGAUUAUGUUCUGAAUAAAAGUAACCCUCUUGGAUCCUCAAGGUUGGCUAAGCUAAGACAUAUAUUUGAAGAAGGAAAAAGUCUUCAGCUUCAGUUUCCUGCCGAAGAUCUUGGUUUUAGGUACCUACAAGGUGCAAUUAUGCCAGAGACUAGUGAUGUCGAGAGUCCUCCACAAGUACCCACAGGUCGUCGUAGGGACUAUAUCCCUUCAGCACAGCCCGGAUGUAGACUACCUCAUAUGUUUGUGCGAGUAAACCCAUUGAGCGAGGAGACGGUUUCUACGCAUGAUCUUGUGUCAGGAGAUAGAGUUGAGUUUGUUCUCAUCAUAGCACCUGUGAAGGAAUCUUAUCAUUUAGCUCGUCAAGCAUUCAAGGUGGCUGAGGAACAACAAAUUUCUCUCAAAGUGUGUGUUUUUUGGUGUACUGAUUCUGCUGAAAGACUUGAUAAAGGAAGUAAAGAAGCAUUAUCACCCUGGAAGAACUAUGCAGACGUUGUUGAAGUUAGUUCAACAAAUUCAAAUUGGUGGGAGAUGUGCAACAUGACGAACAGAGGGGCUAUUUUGGUUAGACCCGAUGAACAUAUUGCCUGGCGUACAAUUUCAGGACUUACCGAAGAUCCUAGGGUGGAAAUGCAGAGGGUUUUUUCUGCUAUACUUGGAGCACACUAA